AUGGAGCUGAAUCUAUGUUUGGGUUUGCCGGGAGGUGGAGAGAAGGCGGCGGCGGCGGUGGCCGGAAACAAGAGAGCCUACUCAGAGACGGUUGAUUUGAAGCUGAAUCUGAAUAAUGAGCGUGAGAAGAAGAGCAAAGAAGUAUCUCUUGUUUCCAACGACAACACUUCUUCUGUUUGUUCUAAGGACCCAGCCAAGCCUCCUGCCAAGGCACAAGUCGUGGGUUGGCCGCCGGUGAGAUCCUACCGGAAAAAUGUAAUGGUAUCAGCGGAGGCAACGUUCGUGAAGGUGUCGAUGGAUGGAGCUCCGUACCUGAGGAAGAUAGACUUAAAGAUGUACAAAAGCUACGUUGAUCUCUCUAAUGCUUUAGACACUAUGUUUAGCUCAUUUACCAUGGGUAAUAAUAAUAAAGGAGAAGAAGGAAUGAAAGACUUCAUGAAAGAGAGGAAAUUGAUGGAUAGUUCCGAAUAUGUUCCAUCUUAUGAAGACAAAGAUGGUGACUGGAUGCUCGUUGGCGAUGUUCCUUGGGAGAUGUUUGUUGGAUCAUGCAAGCGCAUACGCAUAAUGAAAGGAUUUCAAGCUAUCGGUACUGUUCCGUGA